AUGCAUCCCUCCACAAGAUCGUUCUCCAACCCCGGUUCAGUCGCAGCUUCAGUCGAUUCGCUGGCCUCCAUUCCCGGGAUUCGGGAUGUGUCCGCGGGAGUAACCCACGGAAGCGACCUUCUUGCUCAGGGAUCGCCCCACAGCUUCAACUCGACGUCGGCCUCAUCGCUCUCAUCCUCAGGGUCUUUACCUAUACAUCAACAGCAUCCAGGUUCAGACUCGUUUCUUGGUCUUGUCCAUCGGAACCACAAUGUCGACAAUGCCCUCUACUCAGGAAGUCCUAGCAACAGGGCUCAGGGUCGGAACCAUAGCAGGACUCACAGCUCCAAUAGCCACCAUAGUUUGGCCAUGACCAGCCGGACACCCAGUGAAAGCAAUAGCCAAUACCCCUAUAUCCCACCUCCACCUUUCUUCCAUAGUCAUGGAAAGAGCAGCAGUGGUACCUUACAGAGCGAUAGUGUGGCAUCCUCAGCAACUACCACGGACAUGAGGGGUCACCCAACCAUCCACACAAACACCACACCUUUGCCUCAGAGUCAAGGAUCGAAUUAUCUCUCGAGUCCGAAUGAUACGAUAGAUGGUCAGGGUGCAGAUUCACCUGUGGGAGUCAUACCUUCGAACUGGGCCUCGCCUCCGAUGCGGCCAUAUGGCCACCCUGUGGUAUCGACCAGUAUCGGUAGCAACACUACCGGAGGACUCACAUCUCCCGCUAGUCUGUCGUCGCCUGUGCAUCUCAACCAGCCAUCGCCCACCUCACAACAUCAGUCAUACCCAUUGCCAUCCCAAUUUUUGCCAAGCGGCCAGCAGCAACAAGAGAACCAGCAGUCGCAGCAGCAAUCUCAGCAACCACCGGCACAAAAACCAAAGAAGGAGAAGCACUCGUUUGGCGGCAUGUCUGCCAGUAGUUUCCUAACGGAGACACUCCCUACUGGCAUGAAAUUAUAUUCAGGAUCGAAGAAGAAUGCCAAAUCCCAAGGCGAUAUCUCUUCGUCGUCCUCAAGCACCCACAAUGGGAAAGGCAAAAAGUCUGGAAGUGGCGGUCCGCUAUCGUCUAUUAGCACUCGAAAACAGCAAUUGUCCCCAGGCGGUCAUUCUAGCUCUACUAUCGAUAGAGCCUACUCUUCCAACAGCAACAUAACGAGUCCUGUCUCUGGAGGCGUUCCUCAUCACCACCACACUACCUCGCCCACGCUGGGGAAGAACAAUCACUCCAGUCUGGACGCCAAGGUUAUGGCCAGAGAAAUGGCUCAGAGUCAUGCCACGGAGGAUGUAUGGCAGGCCCUAUGCAUCAAGGUCCUGACGUUAUUCAAUGGACAAGGGUUGACAGGCGCCAUUGAGGACCUGAAUGACCUUGUUCGGAAAUGUCUACAGACCAGGAGUCUACAUACGCUGUGCGACGAAAUAAGCGAGCUCCUCAAUAACGGAAUGCUAACCCUGAACGCCAAAUUAGGCGAUGUCCCUGACGAGAAACUGGUUUCCCGACUGGUCGAGGUGUGGUCAUUCUUCUUCGGCACUGUUCUUCCGUACUUUGAGGGGGUCUUUCUUCCGCUACAAAUUCAGCUCAAGAAGGCCCAUGCGGAGAAAACAGCGUGGAGGGCCACAGGAGGCAGUAGCAGCGGGAUCUCUGGAGGGCUGACACUGAGCCUCAGCAACAACGGUGUCAGCAGCAGCGGACUGAGCACAAUGAGCACAAUAAGCAUAGGAGGUAUGGAGUCCAACAGCGCCAGCGGCAUAGUUGGCGCUAGUCCGAAGUCGAUUGCGGCCGAUGCAGAGCGGAAAUAUGAGGAUUCUGAACCGCAGAACGUGCGGACCAUGGCUUUGACAGGGUUCAGAGACCUUGUCAUUUUGCCCAUGGUUGACAGGCUUGGAGGCGUAUUUGCUAAACUGUUCAUGGACUUUGAUGCCUCAAUACCGGUGACAGACACAGCAUCAAGAAUGCUGCAGAUGACAUCGGUUUUAACUUCGAUACAGUCUGGAGAUGCACAGCAACUACUGAUGGAGCAGGUCUCCAACCGGCUAAAGACGAACUGGAAACAAUUUACAAGACGCGGUAAUCGAGGCGGGUUCGUCGGACUGGACCGGAGAAUUGCACCUGCCCAACAGGCGCGAUAG